CUGUCUGGAAAUCAAGCACAUCGACUCACAGUUUCCAGCAGUCGUUCAGUUUUCUCUCACUGAUCCAUUGCUGAAUAAUGAAGCUGCUCGCUCUCUUCGUGUGUGUGGCCUUCCUGUACGGUGUCUCCUCGGAGACAUCGGACUUGGGCGACAGUGCAACUGCGGUGGCUGCAGACGAUGCAACCGAAGACCGCGCAGUGGCCGUAGAAUUCGAUGACUUCACCGAGGAUGACGACACAGCAGAAAUGGACGACGAAGCCGACUUGGAUUGGGAUGACGAUCAGACAGACGAAGAUUGGGACGAGGAGCACGCGUUUCCCUUGAUGUAUGAAGACCAGUACCAAUACACUGAUGCGUUGGAGCCGGCCACUAGUCCCGAAGUUGAGUGGAUUCGCUUCAGGUGUCGAGGACUCAGGUGUUGUUUGUCGACCAGAAUCUUCAGAAGGGGAUUCAGCGCCUGCUUGAGGGGCUUUUACAGAAAUAACAGAAUAGGCUACAAAGUGACCGUCAAUGGGAGGACUUUUAUCCAGAGGUCCGUCAGAGUGGGCGCCAACGAAAUCAUGUACUGCAAGAAAUUCAGAAUAGCUUGGUUCCUUAAGAAGACAGUCUGCGCGGGGCUGACCGACAUCAACAUUCGAAGGAACGGAUACCGCAUUCAACACAUCUCGGCUCGAGCCAAGAUCCAGGUUAGGGGGCGCCUGGGUUUCACCAAGAAGACCAAACCAUUCACACUUUACCGCCGCCGCUAGAUCCACCACAUCGCUCUUCCGAUGCUUUAGAAUUAUAAUCGGUUCCGUCGUAAUGUUACAGAGUCUCUGUAAUGAUAGCGCCAUGAAAUUGUUGAGUUUUAAGGGAUCUUACGUUUCUCUUUUAAUUUCUUUUGAUUUUUCUCCUCCAUUCCCAACCCCAAUUUGAUUUAAAAUUCGGGCUUUUUUAGUUUGAGAAAAAAAGAGAUCUGAUAUUGACUUCUUUAUAGACAAACGUCAAAUUCGUAUACGCAGAUGUCAAAAUAAUUUAUGACUGUGGUCUCACAACAAUAACAACAUUAUAUUCACGCAUCCUGUUGCAUGAGUUGGGUAAAAUAUAAUGAAUUUGGUACAUUUGGAUUUAUGCAAUGUUGCUGUCCAGCUUUUUGUGGGUAAAUGGAUGCUUUGGAAAGCAGGGAAAUUAUGUUACCCGGGAAUAAAUUUUAAGCAAAUAUUAUUGAGAUUAUCAUCAGCAGCUUAACAGUCAAUAAUACUUGCAACUGCGGUUGUUUAUGAGAGCAUUA